AUGAUCUUUUCCGCCUACGAAGGGCAACAAAAAGACUUGCAGUGGGUGACUGUGACGCUGACGGUCAUCUCAACAGUACUGUUGAUCUGGCGCAUCACGAACACAAUCACAAGUAGAGGUUGGCUAGGGUUGGAAGAUGUUUUCGUAAUCAUGGCGAAUAUUUGGCUCGUUCUACUGGCGGCGUUUAUUUACCGGUCGACAACCUAUGGAUUCGGCACGCGCUUAGUUGAUAUCGCAAGGGAUGGCGGGAAUGCUACGGAAGCACUCAAGUCGUUCUGGCUCACGCAGUCCUUCUACACGCUCACCAACGGCUUUAACAAAAUGGCUUUCCUGGCUUUGUAUUAUCGUGUAUUUGCUCUGAAGCGCUUUCGACAGGCAUGCAUUGUACUAGGGGUCAUAUCAGUUGGCUGGAUUGUCUCAUAUGUCGUAGUCUGCAUCUUCUAA